AUGCCAAGCUUGAAUGAUAGUUUGCGGACAGUGAUUAAACAGACUUGUCUUCAUGGUUCCUUCAAGCUCGAGGAUAAGAAUUCACAAGACUUGAAGGAGAGCUACUCCUUGAAGACAGACAAUGUUGAUUACUCCAGAAUUCGAGAUGGAAGAACUGCACAACUGGGGAUCAAUAUGCAACUUUUGAAAACUUUGGAAGAUCUCCUCCUAAAUUACUCUGUCAAAAUUCAGAUCAAAUUUGGUCUAAGCAACACAAAUUUGCAAAAGGGCAAGUGGGCUUUGAAGAGAGAAAGCCAAGUGGCUUCACUUGAGCGUGUUGUAGGCGUUAAAACCGCAUGGUUUGGAAUUUAUAAUGAAGCGUAA